GCAUUUCUGGAGAGCUAUCUGAUGACUGGGCCCACACUCCAGUACACAAGAGAGUGCUGGCAGACCCGGCAGUGGACGCUGGUCUGCGAAGCGUCGGUCACCAGUCCACUCCGUCAAGGCUCUGAAUUCCAGCUCAAAUCAUCUGACUUCAGCUUAGUGGUCACCAGCAAAGCUAUCCCUCACCUCAAACUCAGUGAGGAGUACGUCCAUCCCAAGUCCCACAAGUUUGUACUACAGCUACAGUCGGAGACCUCUAGAAACUGCCAAAGUUUUGAUGCAAAUCUUGCAUCUGUGCAUAAUAAAAUUGAACAAGAUUUACUCCUGAGUCUGUUGCCUUCUUCCACACGUUGUUGGAUUGGUGCUCAUGAUGGUGAACAAGAAGGACAGUGGGUGUGGAGUGAUGGAACUCCAUAUGACUUUACCUACUGGGGCUCUGGAGAACCUAACAAUCUGGGUACUGAGAACUGCGGGGAGCUCAGCUUGAGCACUAACCGUUGGAAUGAUGUAACCUGUUCAACUUCACUGGGCUAUAUUUGUGCUAAAGACCUGUGAGAUCUACAGUCAUCCUGCUCCACAGUUACUUUUAUUUGUACUACAUUUACAUGUUCUGAUCUUAUAUUUUAU